AUGGGCAAGAAGCAGGGAGGCGCCAACACGAAGGUGGAGGCUGCGAAAGCCAAGAAGGCGGCCGCCAAGACAACGAAGGACGCUGCACAGUCUGCAGCAGAUGCUGCGGCUGAGGCUGCAGAGUGGGCCAAGGGCUCAGACACACGCGCGGAGCGGAAACGUCAAGAGGACGAGCGAAAGCGCGCAGAGCUGGAGGCCAAAAAGGCCGAGAAGCAGAAGGUGUUAGCGCUGGAAGAGCACGCAUUGAAUGAGGACAAGCACGCUAUCCGAAAGCAAAAAAAAGCAGUGAAAGAGGUUGCAAAGCCUUGGGAGGAAGCAGUCAAGCCAGUCGUGAAGAAGAGCAAUCGGGGGGCAAAGAAGCAAUCGGGCUUUGUUGUGGCUGAUGGAGAGAUCAGCAAGAAGCUUACGCAGGCCGAGAUUUCGGCGUUGAAGGAGGCUGAGGAAGCUCGCACGGCUGGAAGGCCCGGAAAAAAGGAGAUCAAGUUUGAAAACAAAUUCCAGGCCAAUAAGAACAAGAACAAAGACGAGCCAUCAGAAGCGCGCAGUCUGGAUGCAGCACUAGAUCUGCUGAUUGUGGGGGACAAAGAGCUCGGAAAGCAUCCAGAGCGUAGAGCAAAGGCCGCUUACAAGGCAUUUGAGGAGGUCAUGCUGCCACAGGUCAAGGAGGAUUUCCCGGGCUUGAAGCUAUCGCAGUACAAGCAAAAAUUGAGCGAAAUGUGGCGUCGCUCUCCGGACAAUCCGCUAAAUCAGGAGAGUUUGGCUUAUAAUGCCAAGAAGCAGUAA